CUCACCCACCCCCUCACCCAACAUGGCGCCCCCGGAGCUGCACCGCGCGCCCUUUCCUCUCUACGCCGUCGCCGUCCUCUCCGACAGCCUCGUCGUGGUGGGCGGCGGAGGCGGCGCGGCGAAGACGGGCAUCAAGAACGCGCUGCACUUCCUGCGCGUGGAAUGGAUCUCGGGGCGACCCUCGGCCUCUCUCCUCUGCAGCCACGACACGCAAACGCGCGCCGUCAUGAACCUGGCAGCAUGCGCGCCCCUACCGCCCUCCAUCGCCAACGCAAACAACGCCGCUCACGCUGCUGCCAACAAUGCCAAGGGCCAAGGCAAGAAGGCAGGGGAGAAGGGCGCUGCGGCCGCGUUGGAGAGCGGCGUGCUGGCUGUCGGCAUGGACGGGGACUGCCACGUCCUCCGCUAUGACGAGGUGCCCGCCGAGAGCCGCGCAGCGCCGCCCGCCGAAAAGGGGCGGCAGAGGAAAAAGGGAAAAGCGGAGGGCAAGGCGGAGGGGGGUAAGGCGGAGGGCAAGGCGGAGGGCAAGAUGGCAGAGGGGGGCAAAGCAGAGGAGGGCGAGACGCGUAACGAGACGCCGCAGCUCCAGCUGGAGAGCCUGCACGUGGUGCAGAGCGACGUGAGCGCCGACAGCGUGCAGAAGUCGGUCCGCUUCAACGCCGACUCGACGCUGCUCGCCACAGGCGGUGUGGACGGGCACCUGCGCGUAUGGGAGUUCCCCGACAUGAAGCUCUUGCAUGACAUCGAGGCUCACAAGGAUGAGGUGGAAGACCUGGAUUUUGGACCCAGCAACACGUUGGUGUCCGUGGGGCGCGACUUCUCGUGCAGCGUCUGGCAGAAGGGGCUGCUCAUGCUUGGCCUCGACUGGAAUAAAGCCAAGCCCGACGUUCCCGACAAGACGUACCGCUUCCGUGCCUGCAGGUUUGGGCGUGUGGCCGAUAGCCCCGACAAGGUGCGUCUCUACACGGUGCACAUCCCGCACAAGCGCGAGCGCCGCCCCCCGCCCUGCUACAUCACCAAGUGGGAAGGGCAGAGCUUCCUGCCGCUCCUCACCGCGCCCUGCGGCACCGAGGUCGUGUCCACCUUCACCGUCAGCGAGUCGGGCACGUUCCUCGGACUGGGCACAGUGACGGGUUCCGUGGCCAUCUACAUUGCUUUCUCCCUGCAGCAGGCGUACUACGUGCGCGAGACGCACGGCAUCGUGGUGACGGAGCUGGCGUUUGUGGGCGACAAGGCGGGCAGGGGCGUGGCGCUGCGCGGAAGCAACGACGCUGCCAUGCUGAGCGUCGGCGUGGACAGCCGCUGCAAGCUGCACAUGCUGCCUCGACGCACCAUGCUGCCGGUGUGGCUGGUGCUGCUGUGCUGUGCCGGCCUGCUGGUGCUCACCAUAAUGCUCAUCCAGCACUUCUUCCCGGGCUUCCUGUAACAUCCGGCAGCACCGCAAGCCCCUCUCCUCUCAUCAUCCCCGCCACAACCCCCCGCAUCCGACACCACCUCCCGCUACACACGGAUGCAGAGAUACGUACACACCAUGGCGACGUGGGCACACGGACGUGGAACAAUGCCGAUGCACCAUCGGGCAGCAGCAGCAGCCAGGUGGCGGAGGAUGUCUUAACCGAACCCCACGGAUACUCGGACACGGGGUCACGCGGACACGGGGUCACGCGGACACCCGUACGAAACGUGGCUGCUUGAAACGCGCAGCUGCCAACGGAAAACAAACGUUCUCACGCGCUGACCCAUCUCACGCGCUGACCCAUCUCGCGCGCUGACCCAUCUCACGUGCUGACCCAUCUCACGUGCUGACCCAUCGCAGCCGCGUGGACGCACAGCGAAGCGUCGGUGUAAGCACACACACGCAGGCGCAGCUUGUCUGCGGCAGAAUCUCUGGGCGAUUCGCGUUGGUUUCCUACGGCGCUCUGUAUGGAGCCUUUCUGAGAGAAAUCGCCCAAAUGUGGUGCGCUCUCGGCAUUGUGCGGCGGGUGGCGGUGGCUGUCGCGGUCGAACCGGGGGGCCCUAUGUGGCACAGACGGCGGCCCGACUCAGUUUGGCAGCUUCGCCGAUUCGCACUAGCACAGGCCGGAGAGCCACCCUGGAUACAGGGUGCGAGUAAAACCCACCUUUACAAGACUCCGAAUUCAGGAAAAGAUAUGUAAACAUUCUAAGUGAAAAAAAUGCAAUCUUUUGAUUACGGAUAAUUGUGUUGUGAGCGGUGAAAUUUUACCAGCGCACCGUCUGGCGGCUGAAUUUUACGAUCAUAAUUCUAAUGGGGAAUUCACAAGCCAGGUCUCAGUGCCCAACUUCUCAAACCACUUUAACACAUAGGCUUUCGCGACCAAUAUCCAUAAGAGAUUUUUUGGGGUUAGAUUUCGUAAAUAUAAAGGUGUCGUUAAACCCGCCACCACCCUCCACAGCUAAUUAGUAAGGAUUGUGUUGGGUGGUGGUGGUAGUUUGACCGACACGUUUAUAUUUACGCGAUCUAACUCAAAAACCUCUUAUGGAUUCCCAAACCACGUUGGCAGAUUGCUGCCACGAUCCAAACAUUUCCAGUAAUUAGCGCCUUGUUUGCUCUCAUCGCACGACACUGGGCGGGCUGCGUGUUAUGAGAGAGGCAUCUUGCCUCUGUCAAGUUGUUGUUUUUGUAGUUCUGAGCCUUACAAUUCGAAGAAACUCCUCCACGGCGGAGUGGACAUGUGACUAACGUGCACCCUUCCCAGCGCACAAUCGUAGAGGGUGUCCGUAAGUAAAACGUGUCGAGGGGUUCGCCGGUUCGAAGCGCAGCUUGUGCACUUUAACACCUAGUGUGGCUGUAAAGGGCCAACUUGAUAUUGGCUGCAAUUGGCGUUAAGUGUCGUCGCCAGACUUGUGGAGUUGUGUUUGCAGCAACACACCGGAUUGUUUACAGACGCUUGCUGCUCUGGGACGGGAACCCCGCGGGUGAUAGCAAGUGCCGUUCGAGUGUGGCUUCUGUGACCAAGAACCCUCACGCGAGGACUAUUGAGUGUAUUGGUGACAAUUAUCGACGGUAUUUGCAUGUUCAUAGCUGUUAGGUUCAUGAUGGGGGCAGUCGAGAAAACAAUGGGAAUCUUUAAAUAAUGGCGUUAUUCUUAUUCCUUGCAUGGUAAGAGUAUUGAAAACUUCGCGAUUACUUUUAACCGCCUGAUUCUUACAUUUUGACUGCCCUCUCGUGUUUCCCAAUGCUGGCGCAGGUGGAGAGCACAGAUCCGGGAGCGUAGAAGUAUAGUACAACAACGGAAUUCGCUCCACUUUCAUAGCUUUGUCAAUUCAAAUUCUAUUCUGAAGUCAAGUGGAAUGAUCAAGUGGAAUGAUGCACAUUUGAAGUGUUAGCGCUUAAAAUGCCCAACCCUUGCUCCAGUACCUGUGCCGCUUGAGCUGAGCCAACGUAGCGGAUCACCCCUCAAAGGGGGGGGGGGGGGGGGUCGGGGGUGGGGGGUGUGAUUGUGGGGGGGGGGGGGGCAGCUCCCAGUAUCAACAUUCGUCACAAGGGGGCGCGUGCGCGCGUCCUUAGCGUGCCCUGUGGGUUCACUUUUUCUUGAGGGUUUCGGCGCGAGUGGUAGAAUCCCUGGGCAGAGCACAGCAGGCGAUGCCACUGCACCAGGGGGCCGCAGGCUGCGGGUCACGAAGAGAUGGAGAGGAUUGGGCUACGGGGGCUUUCCUUCUAAUUCCACGCACCAGGUUUCCCCGAGCCAAACCGCGCUACGACCCCCUGGAUAUCCCCUCUCGCGUUAUUGGUUUUUUUGCGUGGAGUUCUCGUUACGCAGUCGCGUCUCCCCCGAAUGGUAAUGAGGACUUUCCAUUCCACGUUUGCGGGAGCACAAUUGUGUUGCUAGCGCUCCUAUAGUUCCUAUAGUUCCUAUAGUUCCUAUAGUUCCUAUAGCCCCUAUAGUUCCUAUAGUUCCUAUAGUUCCUAUAGCCCCUAUAGUUCCUAUAGUUCCUAUAGUUCCUAUAGCCCCUAUAGUUCCUAUAGUUCCUAUAGCUCCUAUAGUUCCUAUAGCCCCUAUAGUUCCUAUAGUUCCUAUAGUUCCUAUAGCCCCUAUAGUUCCUAUAGCUCCUAUAGUUCCUAUAGCCCCUAUAGUUCCUAUAGUUCCUAUAGUUCCUAUAGCCCCUAUAGUUCCUAUAGUUCCUAUAGUUCCUAUAGUUCCUAUAGCCCCUAUAGUUCCUAUAGUUCCUAUAGCCCCUAUAGUUCCUAUAGUUACGACCCUCCGGUUUUCUCCAACGUCGUUCACAGCUAGGUCACUGCUCCUCACCUUUGACCCCUGACCGCAGCUAAAUGGUCUCUGAACCCCCGUGACCUCCCCCCCCCCCCCCCCCCAUUGUCCCUCGUCCCAUUUAUCACAGAUAACCACAUUCCUACUAACGCCCCCUCCGCCCCUCCCCCAAAUCUCCAAGAAUUCCACGCACCUGCGGGGAGCGUCUGUAGUCAUAUUUUGCCGAGACCCCUUUGUGCAAUGCACACACAAGCGGCACACGCUGCUGCCAGCUGAGCCACAAAUUGAUUGCAGGUGUUGCUAACCCCGCAGACACGUGCGCGUGGAUGACAGACCCAUUGUCGGUGUUUGACAGAUGUCUGCAGAUGUGAAAUGCCCCGAGGUGGUUGGUGUCUCAGGGGGCUAAAGUUGUGUCUUGACAGAACACUGAGCCAGCACUUUUGAGAAGGCUUGGUUCAAUCACUGGUCAAUUGGGUCGAGGUAAGAUCCAGUGGAGUGGAAUGUGGUUAUUCUGUCUCAAUCGUGCCUGCCACAACCGCACAAAGAAAACGAGAGUGGAGUUUUGAUUUAAAGCUUUCGUGACUGCAGGGAUUCAUAUUCUUGGUUCUUUCGGUAAAGUCACGUAGAAGGGAAAUAAUAAAAUAAUAUAAAUAACAAUUAUUGUUUUAUAGAAGGGAAAUAAUAAAAUAAUAUUAAUAACAAUUAUUGUUUUAUAUUUAUAUUAUUUAUUAUUUCACUUCUACGUGACUUUACCAAAAUAACCGAGAAUAAGAGUGGAGUUUGUUUCUUUGCACAAUGUCACGUGGCCCAUCUUUGUUUAAUCUGUAGAUAUUCACGAGAUGAACAGUUGGCCACUUGCCUGCCUCCAGAUGACAGCUCAGUCUCGCGGUAUCGUAGGACAGAGCCGUGAACGAUAAUUGGAAGCCUGGGAAGCUGUUUCCAGGUUGUUGCAACAUGUGACGUUUGGCUCUGUCUGUCGGGAGCUCUAGAAUGUAUAAAACACUUCACGGUGUCUAAGUUGUGCGAGUACUUUUGGAAUGUAAUCAUGUUUAUCGCAGCCUGUUUGUCAAUCCGCCGCUGAACGAAGGCCCCUCCCCAUGACGUAUCGGUCGCGACCGUUGUCUUAUCAUGCUUCGCCGCGCUGGUGUGUAGGUCCGUGAAAAGAAAUGCAGAUGAGGGUAAUCGUCUUGCUCGAGUUUCCAGAGGGUCAUGUUUAUGUCAAAUGUGGCUAGGGACCAACCAUGACUCGCACUGCACUCCCAGUCCACUUGGGUUCAGUCCAACUCCGCCUCCUCCCGUGAGGGCACCUGCAAGUCAAUUAGACCCCAACUCAUUGAGCCACAUUUAAAGUCUUACACUAUUUAUGUGCGUUUGCGUCUUCUGUAUGUAUUAAAAAAUAUAAUGCGUAAAGGCAAUUUAACUGAAUUUUAACGAUUCCACGGAAUGAAUGGGUCUAAUUACGGCCCGAUAGUGAUGGUAGACCACUUUGCGUGGUGUUAAAAUUGUAAAAAAUAAAAAAGUAGUUGUGUAGGCCCUCUGCCGCAGAAUACAUCUCAUCAAUAAAGUCGUGAUUCUUUACA